CUUCGGCUGGUGUCCACUAAUAGAGGGUGUCCGCUUAGUAUUUAUGGGGUCCGCUUAAUACAGGUUUCACUGUACAUGGAUCAAACGGAUCGGAGGAAGAAAUUUGAUGACAUUCUUUUGGCAAUACCGAUUCCUCUGUAACUGGUAUUUCCUCUGGGCCGCUGCAGUCGACAAUGUCAAAUUAUUCAUGUGGUCUGUUGACUUAUAUCUAAAUCGAUAAUUUAAGCUAAUUUAUGCAGUGCGAAUAGUUUAUUAUAAAGUUUCAAACCUUACAGUGCAAGACUGAAUUAUGCGAAAGCUUUACGAAUAAUGGCUAUACAUAAUAGGCUAUACAUGAUAGAUUAAGAAAAACCUAUUUAGGACACUCAUAUUGAAAACCGCUCUACUGCAUUUACUUACAAUAUUAUGAGUAUGUUAGUAUCAAUGUUAGUUAUUUGUUUGCAAAUUAUUUUUGUACAAACAAUAAAAAAGGCAAAAAAAGAACCAUAGGAGUAUCCUUGCAGCCAUUCAGAUCGCGAGGAAACGCUUCUAGUGAGAUUGCGUGACUGUUCAAAGAGACAAGUCGAGCACCAUCCUAACUUAUAGAGAAGUAGGAAUCAGACUUCAGUAUCCGUAUUCAAAAAUGACAAUUAUAUCGUCCGGAUAUUCCUAGACCCUCCUAGUGAAUGUUACCCAGGAGUACAUCAGCAGCUAGUGUGGAAGGUAGAUACCCUCAAAUAUUGGUGUCAUUGGCGAAUACUGAUCACGAAUGGCCGCUUAUCUGUAAUAUUGCAUUUUUUCAAAGUCCUCCAAAUUCUACAACAUCAACUUAAGGUCCUGAAGAAGCUCUGCAAUAGCGGUUACAGUGGCAAAUCUUUGGAGUGCGUGACUCGUAAUGUUGCGUGACCAGCCAAAGACGCGCGGGGCGCUGGGCUGGGUAUUUUACUUUGGCACCACUGCCGGUUGCGAGGAUUCACAUUUCACACUCACAGACGAGGGAAAAGCGAAAGCAUUGAAAUCUGCUUGAUUUGGUGGAGGGCCGGAUUCAGUACUUCAAGUUUCAGUCGAGUGAAGUGUUUUAGUGAGAGUACGACAGUUAAAACUCGUGAAACAUGUUGGUUGUAGGGUCUGAGAUCAAUAUGGACUACCAAACAGUGCAAGUUCCUUGCUCCAUCGAUGCCCUGCAGUUCAUAUUGCAGUAUCGCAUGCCACAAGUUAAGGCCAUAGAAAGGAAGCUCAGCGUGUAUAAUGCUGAAAUCGAUAUUGAUGCUCACGACAAGAUUUUGGUCACGGCUAGAAGUGAUGGUAUUAACUGGGCUGUACAAAUGGUCAACGAACUCAUUGACAAAGUUGUAUGUGACAGUUUUGAAAUCGUGCAACCUGGCAUCAAGACCUUCUGCGCCAAAGGCAGAUUAGAUAGCCUGCUGAGAAUGGUUAAAACUGAAGAGAAAUGUCACGUGGGUGUUGAAAUGAAAUUCCUUCACAAGCCAAAUAGCUCCAAUCCAAAUGGGUCAGCGGCAGUAGGUGCAGGCUCGCCGUCUACAAGCUGCAGUGCAAAUGUUUCGCCUGGUGCUAUCGGCAACGCGGAACCGUCAGUUAAUUCAUCAGUUGUCUUCGUUACCCCUCAAGGGCACAAGAUCUCAUGGAAGAUUGGAGACAUUGCAACAGAACAGGCGCACACGCUUGUUAGUCCUCAAGGUGUUUGUUCAGAAGCUAUUUUCUCUGCCGCCGGACCCAACAUUUCCAAAAUCUAUCAAGCUCCGCAACCAGGAGAAAUAACGAUAACCCCAGGGUACCUGUUGGCUUGCAGUCACGUGAUUCACACGUGCUGUUCUAAAUGGGAUGGAGGCCAUGGGGAAGCGACUCUGAGGUCCAUUGUCCGAAAGUCUCUUGCCAAGGUUACUGAGCUUGGAGGAAGUUCCGUCGCCUUUCCUGUGAUUGGAAGCGGAAAGUUAGCCUUUCCUCCACAAGAGUCGUCGUGGAUCAUGUUGACCGAGGCAUUGAAGUUUUGCCAAAGGAAUCCACAUUCCUUGGUGAAGGACAUUCGUUUUGUUUUGUUUCACGGAGAUCAAGCAGUUAUUGAUGCCUUUAAAAAGGAAAGUGACAAUUUGCAAGCGGAAAAUCGUCAAGUUGUGGAGGUCGUCCAAGGUGAUUUGUCUCAGGAGACAACAGACGCCAUCGUUAAUAUUAUUGGCACGGACAUGAAUAUAUAUGGAGCGGGAGAGUUAGGCAAAGCAAUAGCCAAGGCCAGCGGUGCUCAAGUGGAGGACGAGUGCAAAAGACUGGGCCAGCAGCCACCUGGAUCAGCUGUGAUGACAACUGGCGGGAACCUGGCAACGCCGAGCAUAAUUCAUAUGGUUGUAGGUUCCUCGACAAAGCAACAUCUCCAGCUUUGCGUGGAAAAAUGUCUUCAGCUAGCAGAGGCGAAUGGUCUGAAGACGAUCUCACUUCCGGCGGUUGGGACUGGGGCUGGUGGACUUUCGGAAGUGGACUCGGCCCAAGCAACAUUCCAAGCUUUGAGGAACAAUUUAAAAAGCUGCGUAAACUUGCGUCAAGUUAGAAUAGUCUUAUACCAAGCUAAGUUCAUGGAGGCUUUUCAAAAAGAACAGAAACUCAUGCAACAGCAAGAAAAUCAACAGCAAGUUUCCAUAAGUCCAUGUCCCGUGAAAACAGAAGAACCGCCGAGAAAGAAGCCACGCAUGACCCAAGAUGGCGUGCAGGAUCCAAAGAACAAAAACAGAGUGAUCUUUUAUGUCAGCGGCCCCAGCAAAGCAGCUGUCAAGAGAGCUACUGAUACACUGAAUCGAGGGCUCACGGAGGCAUUUACAACCCAAAAGGUUGAACAACGAGCUAUAGGCCAGCUCUCCAAGAAAGAGGUCGCUGGUCUCCAGAAACGGGCUCAGAAUCAUGACGUCAAAUUGGAAAUUAACCAACCCGUGAAUCGAAUUCUUGUCCAUGGUGAACACAGUGGUGUGGCAGAAAUGGUCGGUAAGAUCUGGUGCCUCCUUAACAAAAGAACAGAACAGAACAGGGCCAGUGAGCCCGCAAAACUGCCAACUGCAUCACUUCCAACAAACUGGGACCCAAUGCCUCGCAACCAAGCUGGAAAUGACGUGACUGUUCACACCGUUCAACUAUCUCCCUUGUCACGAGAGUACCAGCAAGUCACCUUAAAAAUUCAUCGGAAUGGAUGGUCGGCGACCAUUGCGAGUAUCGAGCGCAUACAGAAUCCUCAUCUUUACCAGGCUUAUCAACUUAGAAAGUCUAAAAUGGAUAAGGACAAUGGAGGAAACAAUGAGAGGCAGCUGUUCCAUGGGACAAAUCCCGAGAGCGUGACGAACAUCAACACUCAAGGAUUCAACAGGAGCUUCUCUGGGCUAAAUGUAGGAGCCGCUUUCGGUAAAGGAGUUUACUUUGCAAGAGAUGCAACAUACUCUUAUCUUUACGCCACUAGAAGUGGGGCUAGUGUUGGCAGCCGAUGUAUGUACCUUUCCAGGGUCCUGGUAGGGGAGUAUUGCAAAGGAAAUGAAAACAUGAUUGUGCCUCCUGCAAAAGACCCUUCACGGCCAGAAAUUUUGUUUGAUUCUGUGGUAAAUGACGCUGGAAAUCCAUCAAUCUUUGUUGUGUUUUUUGACAAUCAGUGUUACCCUGAAUAUUUGAUCAAGUUUUAAUAUAGGUUUGUAAUGUGAACGUUUAAUGCUUUAUAUAAUUGUUAUUAUUAAUUGUACAGUAAUAACCAAGGUAAACGAUGCUCAUUGUAUCAAGUAUAUAAUGUGCAUGUUUUAAUCCAAAGAGAAUUAUUUCCUUGUUACAGGUUUUAAGUUUUUAAGGUAAAU